GGCGAGCAGCCCUCGCUCAGCAGCGCCCGUCGGACGGACCCACGGCCACGCCCGGCGCGGGGCGGGACGGCGGCGGCUGCCGGAGGCCAACAUGGCUGCGUUGGCAACGGUUUGCGCGGCGGCCUUGGGGCGGCAGCAGCAGAAUGACAGUUUUUUCAGUGCUGCAGGUGCUGCUCGACAAACUCAGAACUGCAAGAUGAAAGCUGAACAAGCUAAGGAAACAGAAUUUGUAAGAAUAGCAGAAAAUUUAAGAACUCAGCUUGCAAAUAUACAGAAGGACAAAAAUGGAUGUCUUUACAAUAGGAAGAGUGAUUCCAGAGCAGAAUACAGCAUUCUGGAAGAACUGGAAUGUAAAAUGUCUGUCGAUAGGAAAACUGAAAAAACUAAAAUCCUGCAGCAGCUAACAAAAAUACGUAAUAACGUGAAGAGACUUCAGCAACAACUGGAAGAUGUGAAACAUACAUCAGAAUUUGUUGACGAGCUCAAGGAAAUGUUGGAAGAAAUUGAAAUUGCAAUCAAUACUUUUAAAGAUGAACAGAGACAAAUAGAUGAACAGCUUUUGAAGGAUGAAAAAACUGCAGUUAAUGAGCUUAGCAUCUUUGAGAAAAAAGUGGAACUGUGGGCAACGAGCAGCUCAACAACAGAAGAAGUUUUGAAGUUACCGUCAGCUAGGAUCUCAGUUAAUAAAACACUGGGAAAGCAUCUACCUGCAGAAGUUGUAGAGUUUGAAAGAUUUCUGCAGCAAACAGGGGGAAGGCAAGGAGGUUGGGAUGAUGGUGAUCAUCAGAAUUUUCUUAAAGUAUGGACUAAACACAAAGGGAAGCUGUCCUACGUGGAUGAAGCCCUCAAGUAUCUCUGUGGAAGAACAAAAGAAGAUGUUGAACAACAUGGCAUAUGGUAUCGAGAAUUUCUCAUUUUACAAGACAAAAAAAAAGAGUUAAUUAAGAAAUGGAAAGAAAAGCAGCAGAGAGAAAAAGGAGAAAAACUGAAGAAGAAAGAGAAAUCAGAAAUUGUUCAAAGGCUUCAGUAUGAAGAUCAGAUGCAAAAAGCAGAAUAAAGAAGACGACAACAGGCAGCAAUUUCAGCAUGGAAAAAACAGAAAGCAAUAACAUCUGCGAUGGAACAAGCAUCACAAGUAAAACUAGAGCAAGAGCAAGAGAAAAAGAAACUAAAAGAAUGCCAGCACCAAUGCCACAUGAAGUUACUGGUGGAAAGGAAUACUUUGCAGAACAAAGAGAAGCUUGAGAAGGAAAAAAGAGAGAAAGCUGAAAAGGAGGAGAACUGCUGCAGAAGAAAUUACUGAAUUUCAAGAGUGUUUUCAAGUAAUGAGCUCUCCAUUCACGCAUACAAUUAUGUUAAAUUUACCAAUUUCCUUGUAUGAUUCAAUCUGCUAAAAAUUUUCAUGCUUUUGAUUUUUUUUUAAAUCCCUGACACUCUAGUUCUACUCACUUAAAUCUGUUUUUAAUUUGGUGGGAGUAACAAUGUCUGUCAACAUGCAGUAUAAAAAAUUUGUUCUGGACAAAGAUAUUCUUUUCCUCAGUAUUUGAGUUCUGGCUGUAGGAUUAUUGAAGUCUGUGUUUCUAAAUAUAGAGAUGAUUUUGUUUAAUUCAGUCUGUUUGGGAAAAAUGGCUGAAUUGAUGUCGACUUUUUUUUUUUUUCAUGGAGAGUGAGAGACCCAAUUGUUACAUACAGAUAUAGUCAUAAAAAUAAAUGUUUGUCGAUCCUGCUGCUUUCAGUAGCUGUAAUAUCUAGUUA